AGUGAGGCGGGUGGAGACUACAGAGGGUUUACAGGCAGAGGUCCGGCAGCAGUGACUCAGAGCAGCAGUGACCCAGAUCUGAUCCAGGAAACUUUCCCCACUGUUUCACUGGACCUUAAAGUAGCAUCAGAAAACUCUGUUUUACUGACUGAACUGAGUCAGUGAACGCACCGCGGAGGACUGUUGAAGCAGGUGUUUUUUUUGGGUCAGAUUUGGAGCUGAUCUGGGAUCAGGUUCAGGAUGGAGCUGAAGGACUUCAGUCUGACAGACGACUAUCACUUCCUGAGUCCGCAGCGCCUCUUGGACUCCUCCUCUUCAUCCUCCUCCUCCUCCCCUGCCGAUGGAGUUCGGUCUCCGGCCUCCUUCCUCCACUCCUCCCCCAUCAGUCCCUCCUUCCCGCUGGACACCACAGCGGCUCUCAGCCCCUCUCAUCCAGCCUUCCUCCUCCCCAGCCCGGCCUCCUCUUCCUCCUCCUCCUCCUCUUCCUCCUCCUCCCCCUCUUACAGCCUCCACUGUGGAGCGCCGGAGCCCGACUCCCCAACGGGAUCUAGUUCCAGCGGAGGAAGUGUCGGAGGCGGCGCUGUGGUGUCGGAGGCUUCGGUGCGUUUUUCAGUGUCGCAGACGGGUUCGUUUUCAGCGCAGGUGGACUCCAUCCUGAGGGGCGACUACCUGACACCGAUGGGUGCUGUGGGGCCGAAGAGGCUCUGCUUGGUGUGCGGGGACUUCGCCUCCGGGUAUCACUACGGGGUGGCGUCCUGCGAGGCCUGCAAGGCGUUCUUCAAGAGGACCAUACAAGGCAACAUCGAGUACAGCUGCCCGGUGAUGAACGAGUGUGAGAUCACCAAGCGGAGGAGGAAAGCCUGUCAGGCCUGCCGCUUCCAGAAAUGUCUCCAGGCUGGGAUGAUGAGGGAAGGAGUCCGUGUGGACCGAGUGCGAGGGGGACGGCAGAAGUACAAGAGGCGGGUGGAGACCGGGCUGAGUUUAUACAGUAAAACCCCGUACGCUCAUCCUGUCAGCAGCAGAAACAAGGUGAUCUCCCACCUGCUGCUGACUGAGCCCACGCCUCUUGCUGCCAAUCAGGACGAUUCGACCAAUGACGGCAGCCUGCGGACCCUGCUGACCCUCUGUGACCUCCUGAACCGGGAGCUUCUGGUUCUGAUCGGCUGGGCCAAACAGAUUCCAGGCUUCUCCGGCCUCUCAUUGGUCGACCAGAUGUCGCUGCUGCAAAGCGGCUGGAUGGAAGCGCUGCUCGUGGGCGUGGCCUGGAGGUCGCAGGGCGCACCGGGAGACGAGCUUGUGUUCGCCGGGAACCUGCGGCUGGACGAGGCUCAGUGUCGAGCCACGGGAUUGGCCGACCUGUACGAGGCGCUCCGUCACCUGACGGCAAAAUACCAGGCGAUGAACCUGAGCCCAGAGGAGGUGGUGACACUGAAGGCCAUGGCGCUCGCGAACUCAGAUGCUGACCCGGUGGACUGUCCGGACUCGGUGCAGAGGUUCCAGGACGGGCUCCACGAAGCCCUGCAGGAGUACGAGUCGUCCCGCAGGGAGCAGCACCGGGCGGGCCGGCUGCUGAUGAGCCUCCCGCUGCUGCGACAGACCGCCGACCGCGCCGUGCAGGCCUUCCUGCGGCUGCACCGCCAUCGCUGCGUCCCCCUCCACAAACUGCUACUGGAGAUGCUCGACGCCAAGGCCUGA